AUGGUCUACAAUAUUUUUGAUGGAAUCUUCGAGUUUGACUGGAAGAACGGUGAUUGUCGACGAAUUGAAGAAGUGCAGCAGUCGGUCUUGAAUGAAGUAGCCAAGCAAGUCUACGAAGAGCAACGCACUCGACUCCAGCAGUUGGCCCGUGAUCCAGUGCAUCAAGCCAAAGCCGUGGGAUCCCAGCCCUAUGCCAAGAAGAUGAACAGACAAGCAACUCCUCCAUUGGUUUUGCCCGUAAAGAAGAGACGAGAUUCGGUGGAUUCUGGAUUCAGCGAGUGCUCCAAGCCGCCUUCGCCGACCCCGAUCUUGGAAGAAGCGUUGGCUGGUUGGUCAAGACCGACUUCAUCAUUGGCAAGUUGGACCCGACAGUCCUCUCCCAUCCCGUUGGUAGCAACUCGUCCAAUUCCCCUGGUUCAGCCAAGGAAUAGUCGGAAACCGUUGGAAAUGUUGAGCGAAGAAGAGCGCAAUGUUCGUGAACAGCGCCUCCAGAUCAAGGCCAAGACCUCCAUGUGCCACGACUUUACCACCAAAGGCGAGUGCAAGUAUGGUUCAUUUUGUCGUUUCGCUCAUGACAAGGAGGAGCUUCGACCGAUUGAAGUGAGUUAGGUCUUAUUGUUUUUUUUCUGUUUAUAGGUAGACUUAGGAGGAAGCGAAUUACGUAACAGUAGGUGUCGCGGUGGUUUCUUUACAAUAAAAUAACCCUAAUCUAAUGGUAAUGCUGUUUAGACUCAUCCCAAAUACAAAACCAAGAUUUGCCGUAACUUCGUCAACCAUGGUCACUGCGCCUACGGAUGGAAAUGCCAAUUCAGACACGACGUCGCCGACACUUCCAUCAACUCGUCGACCUCUUCGAUCCCGUCUCUGAUCUAA